GAGAUUCCGAGCUGAUAAAAGGGUCUAGGAAUGCCACUCUCUCUGCCUCGAGUCUUCGCCAGUACAGCCCGGCUAGUCCAGGCCUCACGUCGCACUUCUUCUCCUCGUUCCGUCCUACAGACGCCACGGAAAACACCGCUGUUGUCAUCCAUCCGCCCCUAUUCCGCCCCUGCCCCUCACCCCAAGCCCAACGCGCAACACCAGCAAAAGUCCGAAUUCAAGAUCUUCCCUAUAGUCGUCCUUCUAUUACUCAGCUCGGGGUCAUACGUGCUCCUAGUGAGAUCGCGCAGACCUAAGGAUGUCGAGCCAAACUGAAAACUCUACGGCCUCCGAGCCCGUAGUCACUCUUGCUCCCGCUCCCGCUCCGUUGACCGUCGCGCCCGAACUAACCCCUCCAUUAACUUCGAACAACACCACUCCUAGAUUCUCAGAAAAAGACGUGUCGGUGAUAUUCGUCCUCGGCGGUCCGGGCAGUGGAAAAGGAACCCAGUCCGCCAACCUCGUCCGGGAAUAUGGGUUCUCCCACCUGUCGGCGGGCGAUCUCCUGCGCGCAGAGCAAAACCGUGAAGAGAGCCAAUACGGCGAACUGAUCCGGAACUAUAUUCGUGAGGGUCUCAUCGUGCCCAUGGAAAUCACCGUCGCUCUACUUUCCAACGCAAUGGCCGACAUUCUCGCGGAGAAAAAGGCGCAGAACCAGCUUAUCCCCGGCAUACCAUCACGGUUCCUGAUCGAUGGCUUCCCGCGCAAAAUGGACCAGGCGAUCUUUUUCGAAGAGACUGUAGUCCCAUCAAUGGCUACUUUGUUUCUCUCGUGCCCGGAAGAAAUCAUGCUCAACCGCCUGCUGAAGCGCGGGGAGACAAGUGGUCGUUCAGACGAUAACAUCGACUCGAUCCGUAAGCGCUUCCGGGUCUUUGUGGACCAGAGCAUGCCUGUGGUCGAUCAUUAUACGAAAGAGGGCAAGGUCAUGAGUGUUUCCUCUGUUGGAUCUGUAGAUGAGGUGUACAGCGGGAUCAAGAGGGAGAUUGAGGCGCGGGGGAUCCGGCCUGUGCAAGAGAAUUAGGACUCGGCUGUGGCUAUACUUCACUCUUCACUCGCAUUUGGCUUCUCUUGGUAGAUAUAGAUAUUUCCUGGCAGCUGCAUUCC